CACACUAUUUAUGUCUCAUCAGCGUGCGCACGCGCCUCGCUAUAGAGGAACAACCCCGCCCCGCCAUGGCAAAUAACAUGCCGUCGUCUCAAAUCCACAGCCGCCUGCGCUGCAGCUGCAGCUGGCUGCUGCUUCUCGUCCUCCAUUUCUCUAGCUCAGCCAGCAGGGCCGCCGGCGGCAAGGUGCCGGCGCUGAUCGUGUUCGGGGACUCGACGGUCGACCCGGGCAACAACAACUUCAUCCCCACCGUCGCCAGGGCCAACUUCCCGCCGUACGGGCGCGACUUCGACCGGGGCGUCGCCACCGGCAGGUUCUCCAAUGGCCGCCUCGUCACGGACUUCCUUUCCGAGGCGUUCGGCUUGCCGUCGUCUGUGCCGGCCUACCUCGACCCCAGCUAUACCAUCGACCAGCUCGCCACCGGGGUCAGCUUUGCCUCCGGUGGCACCGGGCUGGAUGAUCUAACGGCGAACAUCCCAUCAGUCAUCCCCAUGAGCCAGCAGCUGGAGUACUUCAGCGAGUACAAGGCGAGACUGAAGGUCGCGAAGGGGGAGUCCGCGGCCAACGAGAUCAUCGCCGAGGCGUUGUACAUCUUCAGCAUCGGCACCAACGACUUCAUCGUCAACUACCUCACCUUCCCUCUCCGGCGAGCCCAGUUCACCCCGCCGGAGUACGUCGCCUACCUCGUCGGCCUCGCCGAGGCGGCCGUUCGCGACGCCUACGGCCUCGGCGCGCGCAAGAUGGAGUUCACCGGCCUCGCCCCGUUCGGGUGCAUCCCCGCGGCCAGGACGCUCAACUACGACGACCCCGACGAGUGCAACGAGGAGUACAACCGGCUGGCGGUGAGGUUCAACGCCGCGCUGCAGGAGGCCCUGAGGAGGCUCAACGCUGAGCUCGUCGGCGCGCGGGUGGUCUACGCGGAGACGUACAGCGUCUUGUCUGACAUCGUCGCCAAUCCGUCGGACUACGGAUUUGAGAACGUUGCGCAAGGCUGCUGUGGCACAGGGCUCAUAGAGACAUCUGUGCUUUGCGGCUUGGACGAACCGCUGACGUGUGAAGACGCGGACAAGUACGUGUUCUUCGAUUCAGUUCACCCGUCGGAGCAGACAUACAGGAUUUUAGCUGACCAUAUUCUCAACACUGCAUUACGAGUGUUCCUGUAACAUCAUCGUUGGUAGUACCUUUUGAGGGUUUCUUUUUUCUUUACACAAGAGAAUUUAUCCAUCAUCGGGAGGAAAUCGUUAUUUUUCGAUAAAGGAAGCUUAUAUUAAAGUUACCAAGUAUAUUACAUCAAGAGGAUACAAAGCCAAAUCGUCAUAUAUUCUAUAUUUCUUGUAGCAUCUCAGCAUCUAAACAUGAAACUGAAUCGCAGAGGUUCAAAG